UCUUUUCCACACUCGGCAAAUGAUCACGAUUCACGGCAUCUUGCUUUGAAGUCGAACCUGAACCCGGAGGGAUCAUUUGGCAAUUUGGAGGAGCUCCUCAUCCUGAGAGACAAAUGUCCAGUCCCCUAGAGCGGGUUGUUGCGCAGAAGAAGGAGGCGAUUGAAGCAGUGAUGGAAAUGUUUGAGAAGGGAGCUGAGGUGUUGGCCAGCGCUGUAGGAGGACUGAGUCCACUUUUUGAAGCUGCAGCUCCCGUCCUCAAACUCGUCCUCAACAACGUUGAAAGCAAGGAGGUCACAUAUGUCAAAGAUCAGUUUCUAGUCGUGAGAAGCAAACUAGACGUCCUCUCAUGUCAACUGCAGGACAUUGACUCUGAAAUAAGGAGGAGACGCCUGGAUACUCAGUUCUUCUCUGUGGAGGAAAAUAUGCGUAAUCAGUUUAGAAAAUACAUUGACAUUCUGGAGGCCAAACCGGAGUAUAAGGAGGUAAAAAAACGCUUGUUCUUAGAUCAUUUUUUCAUAACAGGUGGUGAAAAGAAUCUGUGUUUGCUUUACGAUGCUGUGAUGGGGAACAGCACAUUCGGGGAGCCAAUCCUGGAGGUUGUGGAGCAAUACGAGGCCAGAAACAGAAGAGUUCUGGAAGAUUUCUGUGUGCGGCUGAAGGAGCUGCUCUGUCUGGGAAUAAUCGCUCUGCUGGGAUAUUGUUUCCUCACUCAGGGAGAAGAAGCGGAGCAGGAGAAGAUCCAAGAGUGGAGCACCAAGAUCCAGGAGAUCGAGACCAAAAUGAAGGAAACCAUUGAGAAAUGUGUGCAAUCAUUCCCAGAGCAAGCUGAACUAGACAUCAAGAGGCUCCUGAAGGAAAAGGAGGAAGCAAACCUUCAGGAAACAGCCAGAGAACUGCUGGACUUCCUGACGAAGAAGUUCGACUGGGUCUGCUGGUCCAUCAGAGUCAUCAGCAACAUGGGCAAAAUUAGCAACUUGAGAGCCGGACAAAACUUUCAGUGCGUGUCCGGACAGAAAUAUUUGGAAGUUUCUCAAGGAAACGAAACACACCUGGUGGUCUCGUACUGCAGUGACCCUCAGCCGGUGCCCAAUGAGAGCAUCAAACAGAUGAUGGAGGGUCCUGCCAGGAAAGGAGACGCUAAAGCUGUGGUGGAGAUGCUGGAGAAGCAGUUAGCAGGGUUUCUGAUUCACGCCAUCAGUCGACACAAGGAGAGCUUCACUCUGUCCAGCUUUCCAGAAGAGUGUCACUACUGGGAGAAACAUAAGAACGUCAAUGUGUGCGUGCAUUCAGAGUAGAUGUAACUUAUAUAUCUAACACUUUUUACAUUUGUGAUGCAAGAUGUACUCAAAUAAGGUACCGUUGCACAGAUCCACUUUUACGUAAUCUUGAUUAUUCAUGUAGCUCCUGCCUAUCCAAAUAAAAAUGUAAAUGCUGAUGUUAAUAAUUUGUUAAGCUCUAUAAAAUAAAUGCAUGAAGUGGCUGUAUGUUGAA